AUGGUCAAGUCUAAUAUCCGAGAGCCCAAAGUUCCGGUGAAGGGGGCUCUAGCUCUCAUCCUCUACUUCUCUCAACGUUUCAACCGGUACCAUACUUCCUCCAAACUUGGCAGUUCCAUCGUGGUGCCCAAACCUCACUUGCUUUUUGUCUCCCGUCUCAGGCUUCACCCGAUCAACCACAACCAUUCGACCUUGGAGCGCCAAUGUUAGUGGGUUGGAUAAGAGCUUGACCAGGUCAUCAUAUCGG